GGAGAAAAAAAAAACCGGACACCUUGUGCAUUUCGUCAGUGUGUGUCAGUGUGGGUAGGGGACCAGUGUGUUCUUCCCGGCUUAUUUGGGGAAAAAAAAAUAAAACAAAAUAAAGAUACCGCGUCAAAGAAAAAAAAAAAAGAAACAGAGUUGUCCCGACUGUUGCCAUGCUAAAUUUCAAUAAUUUAACAUAAAUAAAUAUUCGUUAAAAUCGUGGAAAUUCAGGGUUAGACAAUCAACAAGAAGCUCCUGAUUCCCGAUUGUACGUUAGACAAUAAAAAGAGAGAGCUUAUAUCCGUGUGUGUUUGUAUACGCGUGUGUAAGGUUGAAUUAGUCCUAACGACAAAAAAAAAAAAAGAGUAACGAGCGUGAACGAGCGGGUAAGCAAGCCGGGAAUUUAUUGAGAUAAUCAUGGCUACUAUCAGAGUUCACGAGGAUCAAGAAAAUCGUAUUGGUGAUACAAGAAGAAUCAAAGAUAAUCAUGGAUUGCGUGAUCAUCAAGGACAUGGUUUACAGCAACAAAAACGUGCUGUUUUGGGCGUUCUUCAGAGUAAUUGUCACAGAAACAAGCCAGAGGUACACAGUAAGGAUGAAAAAUAUCCAAAAGCCAAGCCUUACGUGCCUCAUCCUGCUUAUGAUGGAUUCAAAGUAUAUGAUGAAAAAACAGAUGAUACAUUAUUUAGAAUUUAUGAGGAUAAACUUGAAGAAGAAACAACAGUUGUACUUCGUGAAUCAUCACGUGAUAUUAAUAUUAAACAAAUUACUGAAGUAACUAUUAAAACAGAUAAACCAAUUCUUGAAGUUAAUCCAGUUAGUAUUGUACCAACACUUAGACCAGUAUUGCAAGAAAUUAAAACAAAUAUAUGUGAAGAUAAUAAUUAUCAAGAUGAUGAUGAUGAUAAUAGUCCAGUUGUGUCAGUUGAAAAAUCAAUUGAUUUUAUGGAUUCAAUGAAAAAUGACAUGAAAGCUAAACGUGAAGCAUCAAAAACAAUUAUUAAUAAUUUUUAUGAUAUUGAAGAAUACAGAGCAGAUAUUUUUAAUUAUCUUAAAAUUGCUGAGACUCAACAUAGACCAAAACCAGGAUACAUGAAAAAACAACCAGACAUAACCUACUCAAUGCGAGCAAUAUUGGUUGAUUGGUUGGUUGAAGUUGCUGAGGAAUAUCGUCUUCAUAGUGAGACACUUUAUUUAGCUGUGUCAUAUAUUGAUAGAUUUUUAUCAUACAUGAGUGUUGUUAGAGCUAAAUUACAACUUGUUGGAACAGCAGCUAUGUUUAUUGCUGCUAAAUACGAGGAAAUUUAUCCACCAGAUGUUGGUGAAUUUGUUUAUAUAACAGAUGAUACAUAUUCAAAGAAACAAGUGUUAAGAAUGGAACAUUUAAUAUUGAGAGUAUUAUCAUUUGAUUUAACAGUACCAACACCACUACCAUUUUUACGUGAUUAUUGUAUUACAAAUAAUUUGUCAGAUAAAAUAUUAUAUUUGGCACAAUAUUUAUGUGAAUUAUCAAUGCUUGAAGCUGAUCCAUAUCUUCAAUAUUUACCAAGUCAUCUUGCUGCUGCUGCAAUUGCUGUUGCACGUCAUACAUUACAAGAAGAAGCAUGGCCACAUGAACUUGAAUUAUCAUCAGGUUAUAGUUUUAAUCAAUUACGUCAAUGCAUUUCUUAUCUCAGUAAAACAUUUUCAAAUGCACCAAAUAUACAACAACAAGCUAUACAAGAUAAAUAUAAAAGUCCAAAAUAUGGACAUGUUUCUCUUCUCUUGCCACGUAGCACUGAAAUUCUCUCAUACGAGGAUGGCGAAGAAAGUGCCUGAAAUAAUCAAGAAAAAUAAAAACAAACUCGAUAUACUUAAACAUCUUAUUAAUUAUUAUUAUUAUUUUUUUUUUAAAUUUUUUUUUGUUUGUUGAAUAACGAACCUCUUUGUGUCAACGAUGAAGUAGACUCCUUGGGGGGGAUCCACUCCAGGCAAGACUGAGCAUAAUAAUCGAGAAGAAAAAAAAAUUU